GAUGCUGCUCCAGCCGGGGGCUCGCCAGGAGUUGCAAAGAGCCGAAAACACCUUGUCGCCGGCUGGCGCGGUCCCGCCCGGGCCACUUGUGCGCUUCUGCAAACUUUGUCCGCCCUCCUGCCCCCGCUGCUCUCUCCUGGGGGCUGAGCUUCCUUGCCCAGGUCGCUGAAAGGCAAAGCGGGGACUCGCCUUCCCUUGCCGCUGGGAUCCUGGCUGUGCUUGGGGGGAGGGAGGCCAGAAAGCAGGACAGACGUUCCCAGUGUCUUGUAACCAGCACCUGCGAGCCCGGGGCUUUUACACACCUCCCCGGGAGGAGCAAGACUUUUAAAGGAUGCUCUUGCUCCAUUGGUUUGUGUUCUUGCUGCUGCUCCCGCUCAACUCCAGGACACAGAAGCUGCCUACCAGAGAUGAGGAACUUUUUCAGAUGCAGAUCCAGGACAAAGCAUUUUUCCAUGAUUCAUCAGUAAUCCCAGAUGGAGCAGAAAUUAGCAGCUUUCUCUUCAGAGAUACACCUAAAAGGUAUUUCUUUGUGGUUGAAGAAGAUAACACUGCCUUAGCAGUUACUGUAACACCAUGUGAUGCUCCUUUGGAAUGGAAGCUGAGCUUGCAGGAACUUCCAGAAGAGGCCAGUGCAGAAGGUUCAGGUGAACCAGAACCACUUGAGCAGCAGAAACAACAGAUUAUUAAUGAAGAAGGCACAGAGCUGUUCUCUUACAAAGGCAAUGAUGUUGAAUACUUUGUUUCUCCUAGUUCCCCAUCUGGUUUGUACCAAUUAGAACUGCUGUCAACUGAGAAAGAUACACAUUUUAAAGUAUAUGCCACGACAACUCCAGAAUCAGACCAGCCUUAUCCCGAAUUACCUUAUGAUCCAAGAGUUGAUGUCACCUCUCUUGGACGCACAACAGUCACAUUGGCCUGGAAACCAAGCCCUACAGCAUCUUUACUGAAACAGCCAAUUCAGUAUUGCAUCGUCAUCAGUAAAGAACACAAUUUCAAAAGUCUCUGUGCUGUUGAAGCCAAACUCAGUUCUGAUGAUGCCUUCAUGAUGGCGCCAAAACCAGGCCUGGAUUUCAGCCUCUUUGAUUUUGCUCAUUUUGGCUUCCCUUCAGACAACAAUUCUGGCAAAGAACGUAGCUUCUUAAAAUCAUCAUCAAAGCUUAGUCGCCAAAUGUCUUCGAAGCCAAGAGUUGACCUGCAGAAGAUUUGCAUUGGGAACAAGAACAUUUUCACACUAUCUGAUCUGAAACCUGAUACACAGUACUACUUUGACAUGUUUGCAGUAAAUGUUAACACAAAUAUGAGCACUGCCUAUGUUGGCACCUUUGCCAGAACUAAAGAGGAAGCCAAACAGAAGACAGUUGAACUGAAAGAUGGGAAAGUUACAAAUGUGUUUAUCAAGAGAAAGGGAGCCAAAUUUCUACGGUUUGCUCCUGUUUCGUCACACCAAAAAGUCACCUUCUUUGUUCAUUCAUGCCUGGAUGCUGUUCAGAUCCAAAUUAGAAGAGAUGGAAAACUACUCUUGUCUCAAAAUGUUGAGGAGGUCCGUCAGUUCCAACUUAGAGGAAAACCAAAAGCUAAAUAUCUAAUUAGGCUGAAAGGAAGUAAGAAAGGUGCUUCCAUGUUGAAGAUCUUAGCUACUACAAGACCUAAUAAGCAAUCAUUUCCUUCUCUUCCUGACGACACAAGAAUCAAAGCCUUCGAUAAACUUCGCACAUGUUCUUCAGCCACAGUGGCCUGGCUAGGCACACAAGAAAGAAACAAAUUUUGCAUCUACAAAAAGGAAGUGGGUGACAAUUAUAGUGACGAGCAAAAGAAAAGAGAACAGAACCAGUGCUUGGGUCCAGAUACAAGGAAGAAAUCAGAAAAAGUCCUCUGUAAAUAUUUUCAUAGCCAGAAUCUACAGAAAGCAGUUACCACAGAGACAAUUAAAGGCCUGCAGCCUGGCAAGUCCUACCUGCUGGAUGUUUAUGUUAUAGGGCAUGGAGGACACUCAGCCAAAUAUCAGAGCAAACUGGUGAAAACAAGGAAGUUCUGUUAGUGACCUUGUGUAUAGAAUAUAUGGAACUCCAGUCUGAACAUUAUCCUACUUUCAAUAAAGAGAUUGACUACUUUCACAACUGAGAAGUUGUGACCUGUAUUUGUACUGUGUAGAAAAAUAUCAACUUGUAUAUUUAUCUUUACAUAAGUAAUUGUCCGGAGAGACUAAGCCUGGUGCUUUCUGACGGCAUCUGGCAGUUGUAUUAUGUGUUCGCUGGUCCACGUUUGAUGCUCAGUAGAUGUUCGAGGUAGCAAGAAACCUUGAAGGAACUUCCAUUCUUUUGCUUCCAUAUUGCAUGAACUGCUUCUAAAUUAUUUUAUUACUUAAAAGGCUGAGACAAGUCAUUCAACUGCCUUGUUAUUCACACACACAU